UUCCCCCCUCUACUAAAUGGCGAAACUCGGUGCGUGUGCCAACCCAACCCUGUGAAACAUAACCUUAAAAAGUAAACCAAAGAAAACUUAUGUAGACCAUGUGACACGUAUCAAAUUUUAUGGAAUUUCGCAAUUUGUAUAAUUAAAACAAAGGAGAAAAUAAAUUUCAUUCUUCAUGGACAACGAGCAAGAACAAUUUACAAGACGAAUGUUACGUCGAGCAGGUUUGAAAAAAGAGAACAGUGAUGAUGUAUCCAAUUUUAAUUCUAUGAGGAGAAAAUUAAAUAUUUUGCGAGCCAUUGAUGUCAAUAAUUCUUCUAGUGAACAAAUUACUGAUCCAGUAGACGAGAAAGGAAAAGGAAGAAAUUUAAAAAAAGAGGGUAAAAUAAAUUCGAGAAAAAGUCUUCUCAACAUCAAUAAUAAUGAAUUGAAAAAAAAUAUUUGUCCCGCAUCAACGUCAUGGUCAAAAAUUCCCUCAAAUUACAUCGAAACAUUAAAUACAUCUACAUUGAAUAAUAGUCACGAAUCGGCGAAAAAUCUCACAAUUGACGAAUUUUAUAAAAAAAAUCAGUUUCUCGAGCAAAAAGAUGAAAAUUCCAUUAAUUCGGAGAAAUUUUAUAAAUUUGAUAAAGAAAAUUUAUCAGAUUCGAGUAAAAAUAAUUCAUUAUUGAAUGAAUCGAAAAAUAUGGAGGCAAACGAAUACGAAUGGGAGGACACAGUAAAAAAAUGUAUCAACAACUAUUUUGAAAAUUUAAACAAAAAAUGUAAAAAUAUCGACUCGAAAAUUGAGGGAAUCAAAAAAAAUGUAUCGUCGCCUAAAAAUUUCCUCUCACCAAAAAGUAAUUUUCUUCAUAAAAUGAUUGCAUCGAGUGAAGAAUUUCUACCAUCGAAAAAUGAAACGAAAAAUCCCCUCUCGCCAUUGUCGACGAAAACGGAAUAUUUCUCGCCUCGUUCAGAAUUUACUUCUUUAAAACAAGAGAAGACGGAAUAUUUUUCACCGGAAAAUUUUCAAAGAAAACUCGAUAUUUCGGAGAAUACUUUCGAGACAAACGAAACGUGUGAAAAACAAAAAAAGGAAAAUUCAAUUAAUGAAUUGUCCUUAUCGACAUUUGUGAAAGGACUCGACACGGAGGAUGAGUAUUUGGAGAAAACUGAUGAAACCUGGAAGGAUGCGAGUGAUUUUUUCAAAAGUACCGACAACAUCGAAGUAUCACAAGAAUUAGUUAAAGUCACCUGUAAAAUUAUUGAAGAAGAUAAUUUAGAUAUUCCCACGACUGAUAUUAAAUUAUCAUCACUUCCGGUUGCCGAAUCAAUAUCGAAAAAUUUGGAGAAACUACACGAAACUCAAUCGGAAAAUGAAUCCUUGGAUUUGUCAUUAAUAAUCGACAAUUUAGACGAGGAGAUAAAAAAUCUCGAAAUUCGACCCGAAGCAUUAGAAAUUGAAAAAAUGUCCGACACACCAAAAAUAUUUUCCCCAUUGAAAAUUUCUUCGAAAUCCCAAACGUGCACACCAAGAAAAUUAUUCCAUCAAAAAAAUGACGAAUCAAAAGAAAUCGAGAAUCAAAAUUCAAUCCAAGAGUGUGAAAAAUCGAUUCCAAAAACAGAGGAAUUGGAAAAAAAUAUCGAAGAUAAAAAACAAGAUAAAGAAGAAGAAGAAGUGUUCGAAAAAGAAACAGAGACAAAAAAUGAAUCAAUCGACGAAUUAAAUGAAUCGAAAGAAAAAGUAUUCAAAUCCCCAACAACAAGAAAAUCUUCAAAACCAAAACAAAAUUCAAGUUCAACGGGUGAAAAUUCAAAUAGUUUUCUACGAAGAAAUUCGAGUUUCUUUCGAUUUAAAACACCAAUGCCAUGGAGAACAAAACCAAAUUUAGAAUCAACGAGAAAAUCGUCAAAUUAUGAUUUAACAAAAACAAAAAUGACAAAUUCUCCAUCCAAUGUUGACAGUAUGAUAUCAUCGAUAAAUCCAAAUUCACCGGCAAGUCAAGAUGAAAAUGAAAGAAAGAGUCAACGCAUAUCCGAUUGUUCGAUAUCGUUUGAGGUGGAGAAAUUUUUAGAGGAAGCUUUAGGCGAAGAACUAUAUAGUACAUCAAUGACAUAUGGAUUGGAUAAGACAAAUUCAAAUUUAGAUGCCACUGAAUUAAUGUCGGGCGAUAGAACAUCACUUCAAAGUUGGAUAUUAAAUUCGUCACGAAGUGAAAAUCGACGUUUUUCACGACAUUCAACGUUAAAUCGAACAAUCAGCGCUUACAAAUCUUUGUCAAAACGGAUUAAAACUAAAUUUCGUCCUAGUCUAAAGGAAACAAUGAAACAAGUAUGGAAUCCAAUUUUACCACCAAACAGUGAACUAAAUGAAAAAUUACAACCACUAAUCCAAGAGGUAAACAUUCAACAAACACGAAUUUAUCAAGCGAGUAAAGCACUAGAUUAUUGUCGUUCUAUAAAAAUGUUCCAAUCAUCACCAGAACAAGUUGAAUCAGAACGUCUUCUACUCAUAGCCCAACUAAAAAAACAAGCUCUCUUUAAUGAAAUAAAAGCCAUCACUUCGGGUACAAAAUCAGAGACAACAUUCACUCAACAGGCAAACAUAAUUGUCGAUAAUUUUUCCCUGACAUUGAAGGAUUCAUUUUUACAAUUAGAAAGACCAAAAGAUAUUGUCGAAUGGUUUGUUAUUGUUAUUACCCAUGGUUUAACAGUAUGGUCAACGCAAGCAGUCACCUGUCCCACUGAUGGUACAACAAAAAUUCCAUUUACCGGCUCAAUAACAAUUCCAAAUUUAAAUCCUGAUUUUAAAAUUUUAGUACGUGUAUUCAGUACAAAAUUUCAUAAUAUUUGGAAUGUCGAUAAGUUUUAUACAAAAGAUAUGGAUCGUGACACGACAUGUCCAUCGCCAACGAAAUUAUUGAAAAGAUCAGAGAGACCAGUUUCAUUGAGAAGUCAUGAGAUUAAAUUCUCUGGUAUUAGAGAAACAAGUUUUACUCUACAGGGUUAUGUUGAACUUCAAGUUCACGAUCUCUCUCUAUACCCACCGUGGCCAUUAAUGUCUGUACCGAGAAAUUCCGUGUUACAUAAUUCAAUAGAUUUGCAAGUGACUAGUAAAUUGGAGGUAGAUGUCCAUCAUGCCGGUUUUUUGAAUUACGGCGAUGAAAUGGGAGGAUAUGCAGCUUGGAAUCGAAGAUGGUGUGUUUUGGAGAAACAUAUGCUUAUGUUUUGGAAUUAUCCCCGAGAACAAGAGGUUAAACCGCCACUUUUAACAAUUAACUUGAUGGAAUCAUUAAGCGAUCAUGUGACAACAAUUAGUCGUACACUUUGUGCAAGACCAAGAACAUUUGUCAUUGAAAUAUCGAGGCAGAGAAACAAGGAUGAUAGAAAUAGUGGUGUCAUGGAAUGUCGUGCUAGCUGCACAAUUAUCAAACAUCUUUUGCAAUGUGAUUCUCUUCAUGAUUUAAUGGAAUGGAAGACAAAAUUAAAUCAUAUACUUACAGUUUUUCAAGAAUGGAACGUAAAGGGUCAUUUAUAUCCCAUGGCGUCUGCUUUAUACAAGUAGAGAUUUAUGAAUAAUUUUAAACUAAUUUAUUUUUUUUUACCAAUGAAAAAAAACACAACUUUUUUAAUAUAAUAUUUCUUAAUUAUUUUUUAAGAAAAACAAUGAAUGAAAAGAAGAAUGAAUAAUUGUUUCUUGGAAUGAGAGUAAAUCUUUGAUAUUUCUCCAUGCCAUGAAGAAGUGACUCGAUUUUAAAAGAACUGAGAAUUUAAUCAGUUUGUCAGAAUUAAAAUAAAAAGAAUUGAAAUUUGGAAACAA